UAGUACGAACUUAUGGCGAUUCAUACCAAGACGUAUACUGUUAUGCAGUGAACAUGGGUUAUACCAACGGCAGUUUGUAUAUUUCUCUUAUGAUCUUGUGCACGUAUGUCUGUACAGGCAAAGCCAUUGAAGCCAAAGUUUCUGCUCUCUUCACAUUUGGGGACUCAAUCGUGGAUCCGGGAAACAACAACUUCAUACCCACAAUUGCUAGGGCCAAUGCUCCUCCAUAUGGCCAAGAUUUUCCUGAUCGCAUGGCUACAGGUCGCUUUAGCAAUGGCAAACUCUCUACGGAUUUCAUAUCUGCAGAGCUUGGUCUGAAGGACACGGUGCCGCCAUUUUUAGACCCCAAUUUGAAUACCCAAGACCUUCUCACAGGCGUCAGCUUUGCUUCUGCUGGAACUGGAUUCGACAACCUCACCGCGCAAGUAGUUAGUGCGAUACCAGUCUUGAAACAAGUGGAAUACUUUGAAGAGUAUAGGGCUCGCUUGGUAGAUCUGGUGGGUGAGGAAAAUUCUUCCAAUAUAAUUGGGGAAGCUAUAUUUCUGUGCGUUGCAGGUUCCAACGAUUUCUUGGAGAACUAUUAUUCCCUUCCCAAUAGACGAGCUCAAUUCAGCCUUGAACAGUACCGAGACUUUCUGAUUAACAUAUACCUCACUUUCAUCGAGGAUCUGUACAAGCUUGGCGGCCGGAAAUUUGCUAUGUAUGGUCUACCCCCGAUGGGAUGCGUGCCCCUCGAGAGAACUUUAUAUGGGCAAUCAAUUUCGGGAUGUGUUGAGAUAUAUAACCAGGCUGCACUUUCUUACAAUACACAACUCAUGUCAACCAUCAGUACAUUGAAUACUAGCCUUCCUGACAUUAAAGCAGUUUAUGUAGACAUCUACAACAGUUCCUUGGAUAUUAUUGAAAAUCCCUCCAAAUAUGGGUUUGAGACAUCCAGCAGAGGAUGCUGUGGAACAGGAUUAAUCGAGACAGGAACAACAACCUGCAAUUCCGCAACUCCGGUGACUUGUUCAGAUUCAGACAAGUUUUAUUUUUGGGACUCUGUUCAUCCUACGCAGAGAGGGUAUCAAAUCACUGGACACGAGGCGUUUCAGAAGUAUAUUUCAAAACUUCUGUAAAUGUUUAAAGCUACAAUUAAUAAAUGAGGUUAUACCAUUUGUGCACUGAAAUCUUUUUUAACGAGCUAGGCUAAUUGUUUAUUGUUCCAAAUAUAGGCUGGACUGUAGCCUGAAAUUCUUUAAAUGAUGCCAACUAUAUGUUGACUUUUUUUAUUAUUUAGGAAAGGAAUGAAUAACAUUUUACUGA